UCGAAACGUCCACUGAAAUCCAACCUCAAGUACCAAUAAUUUAUGUUAUUGAAACUAUAAAUGAUAGGGCGAAGUUUUAACAGAAGUUUAGCUCGCGCGCCAGCUGCUGAAAUCACCUUGUGAACUAUAAGCUGUACAAAUAAUGCAUCGAGUUCGAGCUGGCUAACUGAUGGCAGUAACAAGGGCAGAGCACUGGUGCAGAGCUAGUUCAAACAGUUGUUUAAAUGGUAAUAGUUUAAAAUACAUAGGUAUUAAAUACAGGUGGCAAUGUAUAACUCUUGGAAGUGAAAUCAUGGAAGAACAUAAUUCAAGAAUAGGCGUCUCAGCGAUUCAGCACCAGUACAAUUUCAAAUGCGAAUGCGGAAAAAAUUUUACUUAUAAAAAGCAUUUCGAUGCACACAGACGAAAAAUUCAUAAUGAUCCCAAGAGUUACUUACUAAAAGAUAUAUAUCGUAAUAAAUUUUGCCCUUUAUGUGAUUUUUCUGCAAAACUUCGUAAUGAGAUGAUAAAGCAUUAUGAAGUUAUUCACAAAAUUUCAUUUGUGGAGGAAAAAUACACAUUUGCAAGCCAACCUGAGUUCUUACUGUGGAAAAGAAAAAUAGAAUCGGAAACAAGGUCAAAGUAUAUUAAUAAAGGAACCCAGGUAUGUCCAAAUCGUAAGGUUACAAGCUUUUACUGCCAUCGUUCUGGCCAUUAUGUCACCAAAGGUAAAGGUUUAAGGAGUUUAAAGAGGAAGGGGAGCAAUAAAAUAAAUGGUUUCUGCCCUGCAAGAAUAGUGCAGAAAUGUUUCAAUGAUAACAAUGGCACAUGUGUCAUUUAUUUUUAUAGCACCCAUGUAGGACAUCAAAAUGAAUUAAAGUAUCUAACAUUCACCCAUGCUGAGAAAGAGGAAGUAGCCAAAAAAAUUGCUCUAAAAAUACCAUUUGAUGAUAUUUUAGAUCAAGUUCGCGACUCAAUCCAUAACUCCUCUGUGGGAAGGAUACACCUUUUAACCAGGAAAGAUUUGCAUAAUAUUCAGAGCGCGUACAAUUUACAGUCAAAGGCAGUUAGACAUAAGGAUGAUAUCACAAGUACUAGACCUAGGGAAAUGGAGAAGCAGGAUCAUAGUGAAGGGAACAUUGAUUCUUUAGAAAUAGUUAAUUCAAACAGUGAAUCAGAGAUUUGUGAAUUGAGCAAAUAUAAACAUUUAUAUCAAGAUCUCAAUACACGGAAAGAAAAACUUAAGAAUAGCAUACUUGCAACGUUAAGCACAAUUUCAAGUGUGGAAGAAGUAGAAGCAGUAGAAGAGAUUAUUGCUCAACUUGGUCCUUGCUUAGCUGUUAUCAGAGAUAAACAUUUAAAAUCCCUUCAAAGGCAACAAAAUUUGGUUGGACAUUGUACUUCAACAGAAACUGAAAAAUAAAUGAAAAUUUAGUCAAAUUAAAAUUUCAAAAAAGUGUUGAAUAUUAUAUUCAUUAACAUAACAUAAAGUUGACAGCGGUUAAAGAGUUACACAGAAUACACAAUAACAUAUGCUGUAUAGUAGUGCUUUGAAUAAUUCAUUGAAGCAUGAAACCCCAAAAAGUGUUAUAUGUAUAUUUUGAUUUUGCA